UUGCUGGCUCACUCAGCACCAUAUCUUCCCUUCUCCCCAGAAGUACACCCAGCUUCCCUUUAUAAGAUCAACACUUGUUUCCUCACAUUUUUCCCACCACCAACACACACACAAGUUAACAGGCAGCAAAAGCUAGAUAUUAAGGAAAUGAGUUUGCUGAGAGGAAAGCUUGAGGCAUGUUUUGGGAUCAGACUUGCUGCUACUCAACACCAUGAAAUCUUCAGCGGCAGGCCACACCACGUCUCCAACAUGGCACCCACCAAGAUCAAGAACUGCGCUCUCCAUGGAGGAGAUUUCGGCCAAAAGGGCGCCCUACUCAACUGGGACUAUAUCCAUGAUGGGGCUCACAAGGUGGCCAAGGAAAUAGUCGAAAACAUUGAUGAUGUGAAUCUGUCGAUCACCUUCAAGGUCAUCGAAGGAGAUCUUACCAAGGAAUACAAAGAGUUGAAGAUCGUGGUCAAGGCGACUCCCAAAUCUGACAACACUAGUCUCAUCCACUGGACUUUGGACUACGAGAAGCUGAACGAGGAUAUCGCCGAGCCUUUCUCCUUCAUGGAAUUCCUUGUUCAUCUCAGCAAGGAUAUCGAUGUUCACCACACCAAGAAGUGAGCAUCUCCUGUGUGUAUGGUUCGAUGUAAUUCCCGACCCCAUGAUCAAAAGCUAAGUGCGUGCAUGCAUGCAGCAUUGCUAUGUGUAUGUAUCUACGUACCUUUGUUUGGUAGCUAGGCGUGGUUGCGGUUCGUCGUUUAGUUCCAUCGCUCGGCUAUGUUGUCCUUACUACGUACUUAAAUAUAUAUAUGCAGCAAAUAAUAAAUAAAUAAAUAAUAAUAAGAGGGGGUUCAAUAUGUCUUGGUGGAUUGUGGUAUAUGUGUGAAUGGGACCAGUUACGGUAACAACACUCCUUGUGUUGUUAUUGUAACAACACUAGUUUCCAAUCAAUAGGAAGGUAGAGUUGUGAUGACUUUUUAU